GUGUUUAUGGAUCGCCUAUAAAUUUCUUGCACAUCUCAUCCUCAAUCAGUUCAUAAAGUGAGCAUUGCGCCUUAAAAUGAUUCGAACAAUUGCGGUGUACUUGGUAGUCGCCAUGGCGAUGCUUUGUAUAGUUCAAGUGGCUUUUGGAGAUGCCAUCCCCGAUCAUGAUUCCGGCCAUCAUGGAGGUAAAGGUCAUCACGGCGGUGGCGGUCAACAUGCUGCAGGUGGAGGUCAUCACGGAGGUGGUGCCCAACAUGGAGGUGACGGUCACCAUGGAGGCGGAAGCCAUUAUGGUCACCAGCAUCAUCGCUAAUUGUUGUUCUCAGCAAUUUAUAAGAAAUCCAGUUUGCUACAUACACCUAUUAACCAGUCACCUUUGCACGAAUUUUGUAAAUGUUUAACAUUGAGUUGAGAAAGACUACGAGUAUAUCUUCUUUCCUACGCCCUUGCAUCUUCCAAGCAAAAUCGGGUUGGUUCUUUUAGGUUAACAGAUUUUAUCAAUACUAGUGACCUUAUAUGUAGAAUUUAAAAUUUACGUACCAACAGCGAUACUGUCAGUAGAAAUAAGUUACGUUUGAGCUCUAACGCUUUAUUAGAUAAAAAACUCCCAAUAAUAAGAUCAGUACAAAAUUUUA